GGGGCCCAGGGCGUGGGGAUGUGUAUGCGGGUGACAGUUGUGGGGUAGGGGGCCGCCCCAGACGGAGGGGAGGGGAAGCAAGAGGAAGAAGAGAAAGAGACCCCCCAGAGGCGGCAGCGGCGACGGCGGCGGCGAAGAAGAUGCUGGAGACUCUGAAAGAGAGGCUGCUUAGUGUGCAGCAGGAUUUCACCUCCGGGCUGAAGUCUUUAAGUGACAAGUCAAGAGAAGCAAAAGUAAAAAGCAAAAAAAGAACUGUUCAGUAUUUGCCAAAGUUCUCUGCUGGACUCGAGCUACUCAGCAGAUAUGAAGAUACAUGGGCUGCCCUUCACAAAAGAGCAAAGGAGUGUGCAAGUGCUGGAGAGCGAGUGGAUAGUGAAGUGGUGAUGCUUUCAGUACACUGGGAGAAAAAGAGGACUAGUUUAAUAGAGUUACAAGAACAGCUUCAGCAGAUUCCAGGAUUGUUAGCAGAUCUAGAAUCCAUGACUGCAAAUUUGAUUCAAUUAGAGGCUAAUUUUGAGGAGGUAGAAAACCACUUACUGCAUUUGGAGGACUUAUGUGGGCAGUAUGAAUUAGAGAGAUACAAACACCUACAGGCACAACAACUGGAAAAUUACAAGAAAAAUAAAAGGAAGGAACUUGAAGCUUUCAAAGCUGAGCUAGAUGCAGAGCAUACUCAGAAGGUGCUAGAUAUGGAACACAGCCAACAGCUGAAACUAAAGGAACGCCAGAAAUUCUUUGAAGAAGCCUUCCAGCAGGACAUGGAACAAUACCUUUCCACAGGCUAUCUGCAGAUAGCUGAACGACGGGAGCCCAUAGGCAGCAUGUCAUCCAUGGAAGUAAAUGUAGAUAUGCUAGAACAGAUGGACCUGAUGGAUAUGUCUGAUCAAGAGGCCCUCGACGUCUUUUUGAACUCAGGAGGAGAAGACAACGUGCUGUCUCCCGGAUUAGGACCCGAUUCCAGUACCUGUCCAGUACCUGAAAUAAGCCUUGAGGUUCCCAACCAUUCUGCAUCUCGAAGCAAACUGUCUUCAUUAUCCUCAGUCUGCACUGACUCUGCCACCCAGGAGAACAGUGAAAGUGGAGAGUCUCCUAUUGUUCAGUCUGAUGAGGAAGAAGUCCAAGUGGACACUGCUCUGGCUACUAUAAAGGCCAGGUCAGAUGUUAGUGAUGAAAGUGACUCUUAAAUGCCCUGAAGCCUGGCCUUCGUUUUUUGACUACAAAGUAUUUCAAUGAAGACAGCUCGAGUUUUGACCACAUAGCCUGCCUGAAGUCAUUUGUUUUAUGGGGAUACUAAACUUUUAUAAAAUUGCCAAUAAUGAGUGGGAGUUGCCUAAAAGCACAGUUUUCUCUUAACAAGAAAAUUUGAGAACUUUGAACAUCAUUAAACUUUGUACAGUAAAUAAAUUCUGAAGCUCUUA